CAUUGUCAUCUAAGUUAUUCCCUUCCCUUUCCCUAAGAAGUAAGAACCGUCUCCUCUUAAAUCGCCAAUGCCAAUGCCAGUGCUGCCCAAAUCCUCCAAACAAUACCAGUAACCAUGCUUUCUGAAACAACUAAUAAGACAACCCAAUCAUCCUCCGAUGCAAACAAGCAUAAACCAUUUGAUCGUGAAGUGAGGGACAUGGUCAAUGCAAUUACAUCUCGUGUUGGGGAUUUACACAAGCCUGGUGCAUCCCAUCACCACCGCCAGACAGAGGAGGAUGAACACGGCAUAAGAAUCAUCACGCUUGCUGGAACGAACACUGGAGCAACAAUGCGGAGCGAGCUGGAUGAGAAAGGCACUACUCCUCAAGGGGUUUCAGGCGAUGACCAGCCUGAAGCAUUGGGUACCUAUGUCAACAGCAAUUUCCAAGCUGUGAACAACUCUAUAAUGUUUGGCAGCAGCUACAGCACCAAUGACCCCGGUGUUCAUUUGGACAUCUCUGACUUUUUUGAGCAACCCCAUGGCCAUAAACCAGACAGGCAUGCAAGGAAAGGCAAGAAAAAGGAAACGGAAGCUUUCAAAUCAGACCAACAAACUGAACACUCCGAUUGAAGACUUGUUGGAGGUUGCAGGCAUAUCCACUUGGUCUUUUAAUUACUAUAUAUAAAUUACACGCUAAUAACUAAAUUACUUUAAUUAAUACUAUCAGUGAUCUGCAUAUUGUUGCAGCUUGUUUGUAUUGUAUGUUCCAGUAUGUUUGCGAGUGUGAAUAAAAGUCCCACAGAAAACCAUGUGUGUUCGGUGCUUCAUUAUGUGUAAUCUCCAAGUAUUGGCUACAAAGUAUUAUUACUCUACGUUACCGUUUUGAA